AUGUGUGUGCAUUCCAGAUACAAUGAACGUGCACUGGCUGAAGAUAUUGUAAAAGUGUUAGGAACCUGGUCGGAGUUUCUCGCAGCCACACCAUUGAUAUUUAUUCGAUGUGCCAGUUACCAACGUGUGAUAUUUCAUGAUAUUGACGAGAAUGGAUUUGAUAGGAGGGACCCAAGACUGAGAACCAUUCCGUUCGAAACAAAGCGUCCACUUUUGGACGAAGUUCGAAGGACUUGGGAACGAUUAGGAUCGGUCACAUGCCAUGGACCUAUGAAAGACUUCCUCGCUGAAAGGUCAAAGCGAAAGCAGAGGGUAAAGACUUUGUUGAAGAAGAAGCGAGUUGAAACGCAGUGGACUCCCGGAUCCGAAGAAAAGGAAACGACGCCCUCUAAAGAGCGAAAAAAGGAUCAUUUGAAACCAGUGGCACCUGUAGAAGAACAACAACCUGUAGAUGAUCGAUGGUCAGCACUGAAUAGAGAUACCCGGAGAGAACUCUACUCCAUGGUUAAAGAGAACAAAGAAGAAGAGCUCAAAGCAUUGAUAUCUGAACGUGGUGCAGAGGAGCAAAAAGAGAUUUUCAACUAUCUGAAUACGAAUCGCUUUUCAUCGGACAAUGGAACGUUUCUUCAUCUGGCUGCUCGCAGUGGAGCUGAUAGGACACUGCGGGUGAGUUUAUUCAGGAAUUUAGACAAUUCUUUUUUUCCUGUUUCUCCUUUUUGCGUACAAAAAACUGCUUUACCAAAAUCACGAUUGAAACUCGUGAUGGUAUCUCGCCACCGUUGA